ACCCUCCAAAUUGCAGUUACACUUACACCCUCCCAAACAAAAUAUCUUACAAAUAAUUGCCCUCUCUUUUAUAUAAUUUUUCCGUAGGAGUCGAUCUCCUAUAUGCUCGCCUUCAGCGUGCUCGGGGUUUAUCCGUAAUUAACUUAUCUGAUAAGCCUAUUUUUAACUCAUUUGGUUCUUCACUGUCCGCCACUCUCCUUCUCACCGAUAACGUCACCUUUUUUCGGCACGCCAUUUCCAAACUCAGACACAACCCAAUCAUACAAAACUAAAGCCGGAUGCCAAUCGCUGAAGCUGAGCGGCACCGUGGCAGGGAACGACCGUCAACGUCGCGGCCCGCGGCCAGACCUCCGGCCCGAGCCAAGGUCCCUCUACGACAGCUUCUUAAAGUAGCUUCCGUGGCGUGUGGCAUACAAUUCGGUUGGGCUCUCCAGCUGUCUCUCCUAACUCCGUAUGUGCAAGAGCUUGGAAUUCCUCACGCAUGGGCGAGUAUCAUCUGGCUCUGCGGGCCGCUUUCCGGCCUUCUGGUCCAGCCUUUGGUUGGUCACUUGAGCGACCGUUGCACUAGCCGAUUUGGUCGUCGGAGACCGUUUAUUGUCGCCGGUUCCGCUUCGAUUGCUGUAGCUGUAUUGCUAAUCGGACAUUCCGCCGACAUCGGGUGGUUGCUUGGCGAUAGGGGCGAUUAUAAACCCAGAGCGAUCGCCGUGUUUGUGUUUGGAUUCUGGAUUCUUGAUGUCGCUAAUAAUAUGACUCAAGGUCCUUGCAGAGCUCUCCUUGCUGAUCUCACUGGGAAUGAUCAUCGGAGGACACGAGUGGCAAAUGCUUACUUCUCGCUUUUCAUGGCUGUUGGUAAUAUUUUUGGGUAUGCCACUGGAUCAUUCAGUGGUUGGUACAAGAUUUUUCCUUUUACUCUUACCUCUGCAUGCAAUGCAGACUGCGCCAAUCUCAAGUCUGCUUUCAUUCUUGACAUUAUUUUUAUUGCAAUUACUACAUUUAUAAGUAUCUUGGCAGCUAAGGAAGUGCCUCUAGGUUCACGUGACAGAUCUGCUCCCUUUGCUGAAGAAGGGCAUGAACACUCAGGCCAAGCAGAAGAAGCUUUUCUUUGGCAAUUGUUUGGAACUUUCAGAUAUUUCUCAGGAACCAUAUGGAUAAUAUUGUUUGUCACAGCUCUGACAUGGAUUGGAUGGUUUCCAUUUCUUCUCUUUGAUACUGAUUGGGUGGGUCGAGAGGUUUAUGGUGGCAAGCCAAAUGAAGGGCAGAAUUAUAAUUCUGGAGUUAGAAUGGGGGCGCUUGGUCUGAUGUUAAAUUCAGUUGUUCUUGGAAUAACUUCAGUGUUCAUGGAGAAGAUCUGCAGGAAAUGGGGGGCUGGUUUUGUAUGGGGACUUUCAGACAUCCUCAUGGCCCUUUGUUUUCUUGCGAUGAUCCUAAUCUCCUUUGUGGCGAAAAAUAUGGACUAUAUAGGCCAUGAUCUUCCACCAGAUGGCAUUGUUAUAGCCGCACUGAUAAUCUUUACAAUUCUGGGUGUUCCAUUGGCAAUCACUUACAGUGUUCCAUAUGCCUUGAUUUCUACACGUAUCGAAGCUUUGGGACUUGGCCAAGGUUUGUCAUUGGGCGUUCUGAAUCUGGCAAUUGUGAUCCCACAGGUGGUGGUGUCCGUGGGAAGUGGACCUUGGGAUCAGCUACUUGGUGGAGGAAACUCACCGGCCUUUGCUGUUGGGGCAAUUGCAGCAUUUGCUGGUGGACUUAUAGGAGUCUUAGCUAUUCCUCGAUCUAGUACUCAAAAGCCCAGGGCCAUGAUUUGAGGUAUCGUGUUGUAUCCAUAUUUUUUGUACUAUGUUUUAUCAACACAGAUACUUUAUGUUAGUAUUAGCAAGAAUUUGUAAAUAGCGAUUGUUACUUCUAUUGAUUAAUAAAGUUAUUUGCUUAUUA